AUAACAUUGACAACUUGUACGUGAAAGUAGGCACAUUGGAUGGCAAGCGUGAAUGAUAACCCUUGAAAUGGAACGAGAUUAGAGGCUGUGAGCAUACUAUUAUAAAUCUUCAAAAGCACAAAAGCAAACAAGAUCCACUACAUACAUAUAUAUAUACACACUACACACACCCAAAGAUACAUGCACAUGCAAUAGAUGUUCGUGAUUAUUACAUUAUUACACACAUAUCUAGCUAUCACCACCUAAUUAAAACCGAUAUAGUCAUAGCAUAAUGACCCUCCCCACCAAUCUCAACUUCUUCUAUGUGUUCCUCCCAAUGCUCAUUCUCUAUUCCUCUUCCUUCCUUGCAUCAGCUUCUGAUUCUAAAGCUGAAGAUGAAAAAUUUACCUACGCUAUAGGAAGUAGCACAGGACCAGAGAAUUGGUGGCGUGUCAACCAAAAAUGGAAAACAUGUGGGGAUGGAAAACUACAAUCUCCCAUUGAUCUGCUUGACCAAAGGGUUCAAGAGCUUCCUCAAUUGGGUAAACUUAAGAAAGCUUACAAAUCAGCUCCUGCUGUCCUAAAGAAUAGUGGUCAUGACAUCGUGCUGGAAUGGAAAGGAGAUGCAGGCCAUCUUAACAUAAAUGAAACUUACUACAAUCUGAUUCAAUGUCAUUGGCAUACACCUUCAGAGCACACGUUGAAUGGAACAAAGUUUGACUUGGAACUGCAUGCAGUCCAUAAAUCCUCUAAGGGAGAGUUUGCUGUUAUUGGAAUAUUGUAUAAAAUUGGUUCUCCAGAUCCCUUUUUUUCAAAGCUGCUCAAUGACAUAAAAUCAAGUGUGGACAAGGAUAUAGAUGUAGGAGUAAUCAACCCAAGAGAGAUCAAGUUUAAAAGCAGACCGUACUACAGAUAUGUUGGUUCUCUUACAACUCCACCAUGCACUGAAGGUGUUGUUUGGACAAUUGUGAAGAAGGUCAGGACAAUCUCAAGCGAGCAAUUAAGUGCCUUGAAAGGAGCUGUUCAUCAUGGAUAUGAGGAAAAUGCAAGGCCAACGCAGGAACUUGGUGGAAGACAAGUUUGGUUAUAUGGACCUAUGGAGAAUGAAAAGCCUACUUAAAUAUUUGUAUAAAGAUGUGAAGGGAAGUAACUGCUUCUACACUUGGCAAUAAAGUAGAGUACGAAGUAUGGACAAAUAAAGGCUACAUGAGGGCACGAUCAAGCACCUGGAAUAAUGAUCUUUAUUAUGUUUUAAGUUGUGUUUUUGGUGUGCUUGUUUUUUAGUAUGUUGGCUUGAUUUGUUUGUGCUGGUAUAUAUGAGAGAGUGAUAAUUUGUACUUUUGAGGAGGGAGAUAGUGUGACAAAAACAUGAAAAGGAGUUUUAUUAUUUAAAUUUAAAUGAAGUUUCUUGCAA